UGGCCGCACGCGCGCGUCUCCUCAGGGCCUUCUCAGGUCCAGGCCUGGACCCUGUCUUCUGGGCCGCAGAUGCUGCUCUCUAAAGUGAAAGUGAAAUGAGGAAAGAGGGCCCAGUGGUCUGUAGGGGAAGGGUAAUUAGCAUCUGUGUCAAGGUUUACACUACCGCUCCACCGUCCAGGCUUGCCUAACAGAUGGAGUGAAGCUUCAGAGACUCACUGAGGAGGAAGAAAGAGGACCUCCCUCCUGACUCUUUAGAGAGUGGGUGGAGAACUCUUGCAAUAUCCUUGAGUGUUAUCCAGUAAGAAGAUCUUAAAGUGGUGAAUUUCUCAUUGGGUUUUCUGUUGUGGUCAGAGCACUCGCUACAUCCUUUCUCCAUCGGGAAGGGAAAAAAAAAAAAAAAAGCGACACUGUUCCUGCACACACUGUCAGACUUAUGAGGCCACAAUUGACAUACAUGCUUGAAGGAGAAAGUGCUCUAUUGUGUCUUGUUUUUCCGUUCGAAUUAUGUCCUCCUGAGACUGUGGCUGACCCUUAGGCCCAUGGCCGUCCUGAAUGUGAUUGACAUGCGUGAUUAGCAGGCAAGUGAGAGAGAACCAGGGAAAUUGCUAUCAAAACAAUUACAUACAGGGACAUCUGAACAAUGGCUUGAGAGCCCCCAGGGACUUAGAGACCAUCCUAGCUCUGCCACGGAUGCCCUCUGGGACUGUGGCCAAGUCAGAUCAACUCUUUGUGUCUUCGUUUCCUCCUGUUAUGGUGCCAUGACUUGGACGGGAUCGAAUUCAUUAUUGGACCCCUGGAACCUCUCAUCCAGGACCCCAAGUGUGUGCUUUUGAAGACUUUAUUUCACUCCUGACUGAUUAGAGAUCUACUGGAAGGAAAACAGAUACAAAUUGCUGUCUUGUCUGGAAUCACAUGUACUCAGGUGACAAUUUACAGAAAGUCAACUCUGCAACUUGAUGGGCGACAACCCUUUUCAGCCAAAAAAUAAUUCAAAAAUGGCAGAACUCUUUAUGGAAUGUGAAGAAGAAGAGUUGGAACCAUGGCAGAAGAAAGUAAAAGAGGUUGAGGAUGAUGAUGAUGAUGAACCAAUCUUUGUUGGAGAGAUAUCAAGUUCAAAACCAGCAAUUUCAAAUAUUUUGAAUAGAGUAAACCCCAGCUCAUAUUCAAGGGGAAUAAAGAAUGGUGCGCUCAGUCGAGGUAUUACUGCUGCAUUCAAGCCUACAAAUCAACACUACACGAACCCAGCAUCAAAUCCAGUGGCUACCUCGCCUGUAAAUUUUCAUCCUGAAUCUAGAUCUUCAGAUAGUUCUGUUAUUGUUCAGCCUUUGUCUAAACCUGGUUAUAUAACAAACUCAUCACGAGUUGUGUCUAAUAAUUCUUCAGAGUUACUAUUUGAUUUGACCCAGGAUACAGGAUCAUCACAUUACCAAGGGGGACUGACGCUUUCUAUACCAGGUAUGAAUGAAAGUUCGUUUUUAUCAAAACGUCCUUCUACUUCUGAAGUAAACAGCGUUAAUCCAAAAAAACCUAAGCCCAGUGAUGGUGUUUCUGGAAUAAAUUCUUCAGCUGUAUUUCCUUCAGUUAAGUCUCUUUCAGUGACAUCUCCCCAGGCUACAUCAUCAAAAGGUACAAAUACCUCAUCAAAUCAAUCUAAAAAUGGAACACCCUUUCCAAGAGCUUGUCCAAAGUGCAAUAUUCAUUUUAAUCUUUUGGAUCCUUUGAAAAAUCACAUGAAGUACUGUUGUCCAGACAUGAUAAAUAACUUUUUAGGACUGGCUAAAACAGAAUUUUCAAGUACAGCAAAUAAAAAUAAGACUGUUGAUUCAGAGAAAGGAAAAUUGAUCAUGUUAGUUAAUGACUUUUAUUAUGGAAAACAUGAAGGAGAUGUUCAGGAAGAACAGAAGACUCACACAACCUUUAAAUGCUUCAGUUGCUUGAAAAUUCUUAAAAAUAAUAUUAGGUUUAUGAACCACAUGAAACACCACUUGGAACUUGAGAAGCAGAGCAGUGAGAGCUGGGAAAACCACACCACCUGCCAGCAUUGCUACCGUCAGUUUCCCACACCAUUUCAACUGCAGUGUCACAUUGAAAGCACACAUACACCUCAUGAAUUUUCUACCAUUUGCAAAAUCUGUGAAUUAUCAUUUGAAACAGAGCAUAUUCUUUUACAACAUAUGAAGGACAAUCAUAAGCCCGGUGAAAUGCCAUAUAUUUGUCAGGUUUGCAAUUAUAGAUCAUCAUCAUUUUCUGAUGUGGAAACUCAUUUUAGAACAUCCCAUGAAAACACUAAGAACUUGCUAUGUCCAUUUUGCCUCAAAGUUAUUAAAAUUGCAACACCCUACAUGCAUCAUUAUAUGAAGCAUCAGAAAAAAGGAAUACAUCGUUGUACAAAAUGCAGACUGCAGUUUUUGACAUGCAAAGAGAAAAUGGAUCACAAGACUCAGCAUCAUAGAACAUUUAUAAAACCUAAACAACUAGAAGGAUUGCCUCCUGGAACAAAAGUUACUAUUCGAGCUUCAGUUGGACCUCUUCAGUCAGGAUCUUCAACUACAUCUUCCAUUAGUGCAAGCACUUCUACUCUUCAGCUCUCACCUCCAAGGACUAAAAAUAUAACUGCUAAAAUUCCCACAAAAUCUAACACAACCAAACCUAAUACAACUAAACCCAAUACAAGUAAACCUAAUGCAAGUAAGCCUAAUGGAAGUAAAUCUAAAUAUAAAUCAAAAAUCUCUAAUAUACAAAAGAAACAAAGCACAUUGGCUAGUAGCAAUAAAAAAAGUAAAGUCAAUACAGCAUUGAGGAACUUAAGGUAUCGUCGGGGAGUUCACAAGUGCAUUGAGUGUUGUUCCGAAAUAAAAGAUUUUGCAAACCACUUUCCUACGUAUGUCCAUUGUAGUUUUUGCAGAUACAACACUAGCUGUAGCAAAGCCUAUGUAAAUCAUAUGAUGAGCUUUCAUAGUAAUCGUCCAAGUAAAAGGUUUUGUAUUUUUAAGAAGCAUUCAGAAGAUCUCAGGGGCAUUACUCUAGUGUGCCUUAAUUGUGAUUUCAUAGCUGAUGUUUCUGGCUUAGAUAAUAUGGCCACACACUUAAGUCAACAUGAAACUCAUACUUGUCAAGUUGUAAUAGAGAAAGUUUCUGUUUGUAUCCCAACUUCUGAACAUCUUUCUGAAUUAAAAAAUGAAGCUCCCACUAAGGAACAAGAACCUGUGUCUGAGGAAAUUACAAGAACUAAUAUGGCUGAAGGAGAAACAGAAACAUCAAAUUCUGAAAGUGAACAAGAUAAAGCUUCUUCAGAGGAAGAAAAAAAUGAAUGUGUUACAAAUUCAUUUGAAGGCUCAUUAGCAACAAAAAAUGAAGAAAGCAUAACAGAGUCAAAUAAGGAAAAUGAUACCUGUCUUGAAGAUCAGAAAACUGGCUUAAAGAAUAUCUUCAGCCAUGAUUCAAAUAUUGAUGCAGAUAAAGUAGAAAAGGAAAAACAAAUAGAGCACGUUUGUCAGAAAAUGGAGUUGAAGAUGUGCCAAAGUUCAGGAAACAUAAUUUCUUGUGAUCAGAAUGAAGAUUCCAACUCCAGUGAAGCUAAGUUUUCUUCAAAGAAUGUUAAGGAUUUGCGGUUAACAUCUGGUGAUGUUAGCAUUGAUCAAUUUUUGAGAAAAAGAGAUGAACCUGAAUCUAUUAGUUCUGAUGUUAGUGAGCAAGGCAGUAUUCAUUUAGAACCUUUGACUCCAUCAGAGGUACUUGAGUAUGAAGCCACAGAGAUUCUUCAGAAAGGUAGUGGUGAUCCUUCAGCCAAGACUGAUGACGUAGUAUCUGAUCAAACUGGCAGUGUUCCUGGAGAAAAUAGCCCUAGCACAACAGAGACAACAGUAGACCUGGCAGAUGAAAAAGAAAGAAGUUGAAAUUUAUUAGUCAUUCUGUUUAGUGUACCAACGGUAAUAACAUUUGGAACAGUGCUAUCAGGUGAACUCAGUGGUGCUGUUCUGUAGAGUUCAGAAAUAGAAAAAUGUGAGGGAGGUCAUUCAUCUACACUUUACCUGUAUGUUCAAUCCAGGUUAUUAAAGAAAUCAAUUCACCCAUAAUAGCAUGAUUUGUAUGGAUUUCCAAAAAGCCUUUAAAACUAUUAUGGAUUUUAAUGAAAGCUAAGUUUGCAAUGGAAAAGUCUCAUUUAACAGUUUUUGAAGAGAAGUUGGUGGCCAGUAUGAAUUGAUUUUUAGAAUAUUAAUUAUAAUGAUAAAGCUUUUGAAACUUCCAUCAGUCCUAAGCUAAAAGUUCUUAGUACCUAUAUAUUCUUUUCAGGUUACUUAAAGGAAGAGAUUUGGAAACCACAUACCUUUUGGGAGUAAUUGAUUUAAAGUAAUGGCUGAUAGGCAUUGUUAAUGAAGGCUUCAUUUCGAGUAUGAUGCUGGUAAAGGGGCAUGCUUAGAGUGCUAAGUUAAUUGAUCUAAUGAGAAUUUGGAUGAACGUAAAGUUAAUUUUGGAUUUAAUAUAACAUUCCAGACUGUCACAAGCAUGUAAACAGAAUAUUUGAAUCUGUGUACCUCCCUACAAGUGUGAGCCUGCAAGGCUGUAAGCUUACCUUAAUUAAACUUUCAGUGAAAGUGACAUUAUUAAUAUGUAAAUUUAUAUUUGUGCUUUUUGUCAGUGUGUAAGCUGUGCAGAAAUCCCUUGAUGUGCUAGUUGUAUAAAAUAGAAACCCAUUGUUGAAACUCCUGUAGCUAUUAUGCUUUUAAUAUUGUUUUAAUGAUCUUUAGAAAUGGACCCAUAAAAAUGGUCUGGACACCAAACCAAAGUAUGGUAUAAUGUAAAUAUUGUAAAGCAGUAAACUGAAAACAUGUCCUGGCUCAUGCCAUGUUUAAGUGACUUUUUCUUUAAUUGUAAAAUAGAAGCUUCAAAUGGGACCUAAAGCAGUGAUGUAAAAAAUUGGUUUGGGACAUUUAGUCUAAUUUAUCCAUAUCCUAUUUUAUCCAUAAAAUGGCUGCUAAAUAGAUUUUUCAGUUGUUUUUUAUCAUCUAGAAAAUAGUAGAUAUAGAAAUAAAUAAUAUGAAUAAAGUAGUUUGCUUUAAAGUACUUAAAAUUUUAUUUAAAAUGCUACAUUUUUACUUCUUAAAAUGUGCUUUGAAUUCUUAAAUUUUGUUUCAUUGAAUGUUAAAUGUUUUAAAUGGCUAUUAAAAUUCUGCUGUAUAUAGUAGUUUUUGAGUAAAUAUUUGCAAUAAAAAUCUGUCCCUGAAUAAUUUUAUUUUUCAGAAACCUGCUUGAGUUGGAUUACCUUUGGCGCCUUUAGAAAUUGUAUACUUGUUCAAGGAAAUUUCAUGUUGAAGUUAGUGUUUUUGCACUGCAAUAGCACAACUGUACCGGACAGAGACCAUUUGGCUCACAGGCCCAAAGCUUAAAUCUGGCACUUUAAGAAAACGUUUGCUAGCACCUGCUCUAUAUUUUUAUGAAAUUAGUGAAACAGGAAGAAGAAUUGCAACUAAGCAAGAAUUAAAGCUUAGUAAUGAAUUUAGAGCCAUUAUUGGACUGAAGGAAUCCACUGAAGUCAAGCACAAAAGCAAGAAUGGGGAAUGCUGAUAUAGAGUCCAAGAAUAAGUUCAACAUUUCCAGGAAUCAGAACAGGAGGACAUGGAAGAGAAGUUGUCACAACCUGAUCAUUCAGUCUUACUUGUAGCUAUUGCCAUGUUAUGAAUGUAUGUCUGUGUUCCUGUCUGCUACUAACGGUGAGUCAUUCUUAUAAGUAAAAUAAAUAUGAAUAGGAUUAUAUAUAGAGAGUAUACUUUAUGCAAAUCCCAUCACUGGUGUUCUAAGAAAUAACACAUGGAAGCAAAUUAAUUCCUUACAUUGUCAGUUUUGACCUGUGAUUCUGUGUCCUGUCCCUUCAUGGGACAUCCAAAUGUAACAUUCAAAUACUACCAAAUAAACUUGUCAGCAUUUCUAAGUUUGUAUGAUUAUUUGCCAAAGGCUGCUGUUCUUUGCAAAUACUUUAACUAGAAAUGCAAAGAAAAGAAAUAAAUGUUUUGGCACAUAAUGAAAUGAAGUUAGAAACUGAUCUAAACUCUAAAUUAGAAAAAGCAGUAUCAAUUUCAACAGCAAGACCAAAAUCAGGGAAAGCCGACAAAAUAUUUUCAUCAUUAAAAAGGAAAAGAACUUUUAUAAAUCAACAUGUAACCAAAUGCCAGCUUAUAGAUGUUUUUGGACAAUUCUUAGCAAUUCAACUAAUAGAAAUGUGAAUAUGAAAGAUAAAUUUCUAUGUCUGAAAUGUUUGUAACAAAAUAAAGAUAAAAACUAUCAGGUCAA